GUUUUUUUCCUGCUAUUCUUCAUAUCUAUACUUCUUUACCUAUUUAUUUCCUUUUUUAUUCUUACUGCGCUUCAAGCUCUGCGGAUCAAUUUGGUUCUUUGACCAUUCUUGGCCAUUACCUGUGUAUUCUUUCAGCACCGCUAGCUCACAGCUGGGUUUUGCAUAAAAACGUAAAGCGAUCAAUGUGUUCUCUACAGUUCUGCUGGACAUUGCUUACAAUUAGGACACUUUUUGUUGGUUUCGCGAUUGUUGUCUGAUAUUUAUCAUAAAUUAAACCGAUUGAUUGAUUGAUCGCAUAAGUCGAUAGUACAUCAGCAUGUUGAAGGCAGCAGCAAGUGUUGCAGCAGUGCUGCUCUUUGUGGCAUUGGUGUGUGCAGAACCCCGCAAAGGACUACAACAGCAAGUUGUACAGAAACAAUUACGUUCGGGCGCUGCCGUCGCCGCGCCAAAUCAUCCGUAUCUCUUUCUCACCGUGCCACGUGCUAACGGUAAUGGACAUGAGGUUCAAGGCUUUAAAGUUGUAGAGAUCGAGGAUGACGAUGAUGACGAUGAUGAAGAAGAAGCUGCACAUAAAACAACCAAAUUCGAAAACGACGCUGACAGUAAUGAUGAUGAAGACGAUUUUGAGGAGGACGAGUCCAACAAUGCAAAUGCAGCAAAUGAUGAAGACGACGAAGAUGAUGAUAUUGUACGCAACAAUAAUGUAGAAGUUAACGAUGAUGAUGACGACGAUUUCGAGUACAACGCAGAUGAUGAUGAUGCGGAUAAUUUGAACGAUGAAAACGAUAUCAAUAAUAAUUUGGUAUACCUGCGUUCACGUGCACCACACACACCACGCCUGCGUAGUCAAUUGAAAAAUCAAGGUGCCGUUAUCAGCACCGAUGACAAACGUGUCAGUCAAUUGAAUGCACAACUCGUAUUGAAGAAUGCUAAACCAACGAAUAUGAUGGUAUCGCGCGAACAUGCCGGUGCUAUUAUGGUACCCGAUGGCAUUAUUGAAAUCGAAGGACAAAGUGUGGUGGACGAGAAGACUGGCAAGACUGCACUACUGGUGCCGCGUGCUGCACUCGAAGCCAUACCAAAUGGCAGCGUUGUCGCACUAAUGGAAGGAUCGACGACCGAUAACGAAGAGGCACGUGCCAAUCGUGUCGUAGUGCGGCGUCGUCGCAAGGGUUCGCGGCGCAAUGUGGUGCGUCGUGGUGGCGGUACGCGUCGUCGCCGUGGAGGCAAUCGUCGUCGCCGUGUUAGCAACAAACGCAAUAACGUCCGCGUCUAUCAAGUGGGAGGUGGCGCUAAACGGCGACGCGGUAAUCGUCGUGUCGCACGUCCUGUAGUUUUACAGGGUUGAUUCAUAGCUCUGAUGGACAACACGUGAACUAUUUUAGUAUUAUAGGUUAACUAACAAUCGACGGCUAUACGAUGUUAUUUGAAUUAUGUAAUUGACGGAGAAAAAUAAACGGAUAAAUAAAAUGUUUUGGAAAAUAUAGUA